CCCCUUCUGCUCAGAUUUCAUCCACAAUCGGAGAAGCAGACUUUCACUGACGUUUUCUCUGUCGACAGCUUGUUCCUGUCAAAACUAACUCCACUAGUUUCUAAUAAUGGCUGCGGAUGUUUAUAAGAAGAAGGAUGUGCCGAAUGGGUCCUUGGCACCAACUGAUGGACAGCAGUUCGAGAGGUCAGAGAGUCCAACCCCAGGAUUGACCCAGGGAACAGAACCAGGGGCAGGCCAAGAGGGAGCCAUAUUUGUUCACACUAGGUCAUAUGAGGACCUAACCGGUACAGACAAUACAGAAUCGGCAGCCAAGAGCCCAGGCAAGAGGGAAGAGUUUCAAGGUGACGAGCUCAAGAUGGAAGAGAUCAGCAAGGAUUUCAGUGAACUAAGCACACAACUCACUGGUAUAGCACUGGACCUGGAAGAAGAGAUAAGGCAGAACAGUGAGGGCAAUUUGGAACUCUCGCCACAAGGUUCACGUCGCGAUUCAGUCCUAUCAGGGAAAGAAGAAGAAGAUAUAACCAUGGAGGCCUGGCGCAUACAUCAGAAGCAUAUCUUUGUUCUAAGUGAGGCAGGCAAGCCCAUAUACUCACGGUAUGGAUGUGAAGAGGUUUUGUCUACUACCAUGGGAGUAAUGAUGGCUUUGGUCUCCUUUGUAGAAGCAGAGAAGAAUGCCAUCAGAUCAAUUCAUGCAGAUGGAUACAAGGUGGUCUUUGUGCGCAAGAGUCCCCUGGUGCUUGUUGCAGUGGCUCAGACUCGACAGUCAGAGCAAGAAAUUGCUCAGGAACUCCUUUAUAUCUAUUACCAGAUAGUCAGUCUUUUGACAUUGACCCAGCUUAACCGGAUAUUCCAACAGAUGCAGAACUAUGAUCUAAGGAGACUAUUAGCAGGCUCUGAGCGUAUAACUGACAAUUUGGUAGACCUGAUGGCUAGAGACCCCAGUUUUCUCAUGGGGGCGGCACGUUGCCUGCCUAUGGCGGCCGGAGUCAGGGAUGUGGUGAGUGCUUGCCUUCAACAAGCCAAAGCUAAAAGCCUGGUAUUUGCCAUCUUAUUGUCAAAAAACCAAUUGGUAUCACUUGUCAGGAAAAGGGACCAAUUCCUUCAUCCAAUUGAUCUCCAUUUACUCUUUAAUCUCAUUAGCUCAUCCUCCUCAUUUAGAGAAGGAGAAGGUUGGACUCCAAUAUGCCUUCCCAAGUUCAAUUCCAAUGGUUUCUUCCAUGCUCACAUUUCUUAUUUGGAACCAAACGUUGACUUGUGCCUUGUCCUGAUUUCUACCGAUCGUGAGGACUUCUUUACUGUAUCUCACUGCAAGCAAAAGUUCCAAGAACGCCUAAAGAAGCGCGGUGUUUAUCAUGCUCUCUUGGAAGCAGUGCGUACGCCUUUCUACAGUGUUUCCCAGGUGGGAAUUCCAGACCUUCGACAUUUCAUCUACAAAUCUAAGAGUUCAGGACUUUUUACCAGCCCAGAGAUUGAAGCUCCCUACAUCACUGAGGAAGAAAAGGAAAGACUCCUGGAAUUGUAUCAGUACUUGCAUAGCCGAGCUCACAAUUCCGCCCGUCCCCUCAAUAACAUCUAUUAUACUGGAUCCAAUGAAAAUCUCCUGGCCUGGGUGACCGGUGCUUUUGAACUCUAUGUGUGCUUCACCCCUCUGGGUACCAAAGCAGCAGCUGUCAGUGCUGUCAACAAGCUGAUGAAGUGGAUCCGUAAGGAGGAGGACCGGCUUUUUAUAUUGUCGUCCCAGACUUACUGACUGUUGUGAUCUGGGCUGCCUGCCUUGUUCUGAACACUCCAAAACUACUUCCUGUGUCUGGUGGGAGUAGACAUAAUCAGUUUCUCAUCAUCCUCCUCUCUCUCUCUGUCUGACUGUCUCUCUCUCUCUCUGGGGGACAUUUCCUCCCCACAGUAGAUAUGUGCAUGGGGAAGGAGUUCUCUGGGUAAAAGAGCUUCUGACUGACAUGGUGCACACAGAUAUCAGAAGAGUCCAACAUUUCAGGGUUAGUUUCAGAUAUUGUAUCUAGAACUGGAACACAGACCACCUUGUAAGUAUUACUUGAAUCUUGAAUUACAAUUUCCUCCUUAUUUUGAGGCUGUGUUAAACAAAUCUUCUUUCCCAUAGCUGAUUUUCUCCGCUGACUUUUUGAACAUAGUGCCACAGGUAUUAAGUUUUCCCAUCUGUCUUAAUCUUAACUAAUUGCGGGAAGGUAGGUUGGUGGCUUAGCAGGUUCCUUCUCAAAGGAUUUUCCAUUUAAAGGACUGAACAAAUGCACAGAAGGUGUGGCAAAUAUGUAGAUAGUGAGGGAUGAGGCAAGCAUACCAAUAUUCCUUCCUCAUCUUUUUUCUCUACAACAGACGUGUCAAACACGCAGCCCGCAGGCUGAAUCCAGUCCACAAUAGGCCUAGAAUUGUCCUGUGGGACCGUCCCAGAGAUAGUAAGGGACUGGCCUGUACCACCAUGGCCUCAGCCCACCCCAUCCACACCCACCCAGUCGGCCACGAUGACCAGGCCAUGCCCACCCUGGCCCCCCAAUGGCAAACAA